GAUCCUCAGGGGGAGGGCCCGCUCGAGAGCGCCUCCUGUCGUCCGUGAGGUUGUCCUGCCAUUCCUGGGCACCCCAACUCCUCCCGCCCCCCCAUCGCCGCCUCCUCCAUCCUCCAGUUCAAAAUGGCGACGGCGGCGGCGGCGGCAGCGGCGGUGAUGGCUCCUCCAGGCUGCCCGGGUUCGUGCCCCAACUUCGCCGUAGUCUGCUCCUUCUUGGAGCGCUACGGGACGCUGCUGGACCUUCCCGAGCUGCCGUUCCCCGAGCUGGAGCGGGUGCUGCAGGCGCCGCCGCCCGACGUCGGCAACGGGGAAGUACCAAAAGAAUUGGUGGAACUCCAUUUGAAGUUGAUGAGAAAGAUUGGCAAAUCUGUUACAGCAGACAGAUGGGAAAAAUACUUAAUUAAGAUAUGCCAAGAGUUUAACAGCACCUGGGCAUGGGAGAUGGAGAAGAAGGGCUAUCUUGAAAUGAGUGUUGAAUGCAAACUAGCGCUCUUAAAGUAUCUCUGUGAGUGUCAGUUUGAUGACAAUCUUAAAUUCAAGAACAUUAUUAAUGAAGAAGAUGCUGAUACUAUGCGUCUCCAGCCAAUUGGGCGAGACAAAGAUGGCCUCAUGUAUUGGUACCAGUUAGAUCAAGACCAUAAUGUCAGAAUGUAUAUAGAAGAACAAGAUGAUCAAGAUGGCUCAUCAUGGAAAUGCAUUGUCAGAAAUCGAAACGAGUUGGCUGAGACUCUUGCACUGCUGAAAGCACAGAUUGAUCCUGUACUAUUGAAAAACUCUAGCCAGCAGGACAACUCUUCCCGAGAAAGCCCCACCUUAGAGGAUGAGGAGACUAAAAAAGAGGAAGCAACACCUAAACAAGAGGAACAAAAAGAAAACGGAAAGAUAAAAAGUGAUGAACGACCAAAGGAUUCAGUAAACCAUUCUACAGCCAGUGUUCUAGACGAGACUACUGUAAAAAUUGAAAGAGAAGAUGAAAAAGAACUUGUGAAACUACCAGUCAUAGUAAAACUAGAAAAACCUUUCCCAGAAAAUGAGCAAAAAAAGAUUAUCAAAGAAGAAAGUGAUUCAUUCAAGGAAAAUGUAAAACCAAUUAAAGUAGAAGUAAAGGAUGGCAGAGGAGAUCCCAAAGACAGCAGAGGUAGUGUGGAAAAGCCUGGGCUACAGGAGCCUGAGCGCCUAGAAUUUGGUGGCAGCAUCAAAUCUACUCAAGACAUUUCAGAGAAAUCUACUGAAGAAACUGAGAAACUUAAAAAUGAUCAACAGGCCAAGAUACCACUAAAAAAAAGAGAAAUUAAACUGAGUGAUGAUUUUGACAGUCCAGUAAAAGGACCAUUAUGUAAAUCAGUUACUCCAACAAAAGAGUUUCUGAAAGAUGAAAUAAAACAAGAAGAAGAGACUUGUAAAAGGGUCUCUACUAUCACUUCUUUGAGUAAUGAAGGGAAACAACUAGUAAAUGGAGAAGUUAGUGAUGAAAAGAUAACUACAAAUUUUAAAACAGAACACAUAGAGACAAAGUUUUAUGAUAUAAAGGAAGAUAACUCUAGCAGCCCAUCUAAGGACAAAAAUGUUCUCACAGAGGAAAAUGGAGGCGAAUGCUUAAAUUCUGUUAUAACAAAUAUGAAAACAAAUGAGCUUGACAAAGAAGCUGUCCCUUUUGUUGUAGAUAGUUCAUUGUCAGUCUUAGAGACUCACAGUCAGAAAGGGCAGUCAGAGGAACCUGGUUCUCCAAAAAUGGAAACAUCUCAUGAGUUUUCUGAGUUUCCAAAGGAUCUUUCUUUAAAGACUAUUUCAUCUGCUGCUGAAUCUUAUACAAUGAAAGUUGAUGCAAAGUCCCCCAAAAGUAAGAAAGAGAACCUCCCACCCAUCAUAGAAUGUCUUGAAAAAAUAGAGAAGUCCAGAAAGUCUUUUCUUGAUAAAGAUACACAAAGAUUAAGUCCAAUACCAGAAGAAGUUCCAAAGAGCACUCUAGAAUCAGAAAAACCAGGGUCUCCUGAACCUACUGAAACUUCCCUACCAAUUAAAAUGAGUGGCCACAAUGAGAAACUAGCCUCAGAAAAAGAAGCAGAAUGCCAGAGUCCAAGUUCUGUUGAAGCUCAGUCCCUGGUAAAAGCAGAUCCAGAAAUUCUAAAAGAGAGUUCUGAGUCCAUGAAGGUGGAAUUGGAUAAUCUGGAUAAUGCCCAGACUUCUGGCAUAGAGGAUGUUUCUGAGACAAAGAGUUCUACCCAAAAAAGCAAAUUUAAAUAUAAGUUGGUUCCUGAAGAAGAAACCACUGCCUCAGACAAUACAGAGAUAACCUCUGAAAGACAAAAAGAAGGCAUCAAAUUAACAAUUAGGAUAUCCAGUCGGAAGAAGAAGCCAGAUUGUCUCCCCCAAAUUCUAGAACCAGAAAGCAAACAAGAAAAGACAGAAAAAGAAGAAGAGAAAACAAAUGUUGGUCGCACUUUAAGAAGGUCUCCAAGGAUAUCUAGACCCACAGCAAAAGUGGCUGAAAUCAGAGAUCAGAAAGCUGAAAAAAAAAGAGUGGAUGGGGAAGAUGAAAUAGAUGAAGAGUCAACAGCUUUACAAAAAUCAGACAAAAAAGAAAAUAUGAAAAAAAACGAGAAGGAUACAAAUUCUAAAGUAAGCAAGGUAAAGCCCAAAGGCAAAGUUCGAUGGACUGGUUCUCGAACACGUGGCAGGUGGAAAUAUUCCAGCAAUGAUGAAAGUGAAGGAUCUGAGAGUGAAAAAUCAUCUGCAGCUUCAGAAGAGGAAGAAAAGGAAAGUGAAGAAGCUGUCAUAGCUGAUGAUGAUGAACCCUGCAAAAAAUGUGGCCUUCCAAACCAUCCAGAGCUGAUUCUUCUGUGUGAUUCUUGUGACAGUGGCUACCAUACUGCCUGCCUGCGCCCUCCUCUGAUGCUCAUCCCUGAUGGAGAAUGGUUCUGCCCUCCUUGCCAGCAUAAACUGCUAUGUGAAAAAUUAGAAGAACAGUUGCAAGAUUUGGAUGUUGCCUUAAAGAAGAAGGAGCGUGCUGAGCGAAGGAAAGAACGCUUGGUUUAUGUCGGUAUCAGUAUUGAAAACAUCAUUCCUCCACAAGAACCAGAUUUUUCAGAAGAUCAAGAAGAAAAGAAAAAAGAUACCAAAAAAUCCAAAGCAAACUUACUUGAACGGAGGUCAACAAGAACACGGAAAUGUAUAAGUUACAGAUUUGAUGAGUUUGAUGAAGCAAUUGAUGAAGCUAUAGAAGAUGAUAUCAAAGAAGCUGAUGGAGGAGGAGUUGGCCGGGGCAAAGAUAUAUCUACCAUAACAGGUCACCGUGGGAAAGAUAUCUCUACUAUUUUGGAUGAAGAAAGAAAAGAAAAUAAACGACCUCAGAGGGCAGCUGCUGCUAGAAGAAAGAAACGCCGGCGACUAAAUGAUCUAGACAGCGACAGCAACUUAGAUGAAGAAGAGAGUGAGGAUGAAUUCAAGAUCAGUGACGGAUCUCAAGAUGAGUUUGUUGUAUCAGAUGACAACCCUGAUGAAAGUGAAGAAGAUCCACCAUCUAAUGAGGACAGUGACACUGAUUUCUGUAGCCGUAGACUGAGGCGGCACCCAUCCCGUCCAAUGAGGCAAAGCAGGCGUUUGCGGAGAAAGACUCCAAAGAAAAAGUAUUCUGAUGAUGAUGAAGAAGAGGAAUCUGAGGAAAAUAGUAGAGACUCUGAAAGUGACUUUAGCGAUGAUUUUAGUGAUGAUUUUGUAGAAACUCGACGAAGGCGGUCAAGGAGGAACCAGAAAAGACAAAUUAAUUAUAAAGAAGAUUCAGAAAGUGAAGGUUCCCAGAAAAGUUUACGGCGUGGUAAAGAAAUAAGGCGAGUUCACAAGCGCAGACUUUCCAGCUCAGAAAGUGAAGAGAGCUAUAUGUCCAAGAACUCUGAAGAUGAUGAGCUAGCUAAAGAAUCAAAACGAUCAGUUCGAAAGCGGGGCCGAAGCACAGAUGAGUAUUCAGAAGCUGAUGAGGAGGAAGAAGAGGAAGGCAAACCAUCCCGAAAACGGCUACACCGGAUUGAGACAGAUGAGGAAAGCUGUGACAAUGCCCAUGGAGAUGCAGACCAGCCUACCCAUGACAGCCAGCCCAGAACCCUGCCCUCAGAGCAAGAGAGCACCAAAAAGCCCUACCGGAUAGAAAGUGAUGAGGAAGAAGACUUUGAAAAUGUAGGCAAAGUGGAAAGUCCAUUGGACUAUAGUUUAGUGGACUUGCCUUCCACCAAUGGACAGAGUCCUGGCAAAGCCAUUGAGAACUUGAUGGGCAAGCCAGCUGACAAGCCCCAAACCCCCAAGGACAAUAGCACAGCCAGUGCAAGCCUAGCCUCCAAUGGGACAAGUGGUGGGCAGGAGGCAGGAGCACCAGAAGAGGAAGAAGAUGAGCUUUUGAGAGUGACUGACCUUGUCGAUUAUGUCUGUAACAGUGAACAGUUAUAAGACUUUUUUUCCAUUUUUGUGCUAAUUUAUUCCACGGUAGCUCACACACCAGCGGGCCAGUUAUUAAAAGCUGUUUAAUUUUUCCUAGAAAACUCCACUACAGAAUGACUUUUUAGAAGAAAAAUCACAACAGACCCUGAAGUCUUUCUGUGAAGUGACCAGUUUUGAACUUUGAAGAUAAAUAAUUGCUGUAAAUUCCUUUGAUUUUCUUUUUCCAAGUUCAUGGUCCUUGGUAAUUUCAUUCAUGGAAAAAAAAUCUUAUUAUAAUAACAACAAAGAUUUGUAUAUUUUUGACUUUAUAUUUCCUGAGCUCUCCUGACUUUGUGAAAAGGGUAGAUAAGAAUGCAUUCCAUAUCUAUCAGGGCCCAAAACAGAAUUUAGGGGUGGGAGAAAGCACUUGUGCUUUAGCUUUUUCAUAUUAAAAUAUAUAUUAUAUUUAAACAUUCAUGGCAUAGAUGAUGAUUAACAGAUUGUCUAAAAGUCCAAAUCUGUAUCGUUGCAGAUUGAGAAUUGUAGGUAACAUCAUACAUGUGUUAAUUAGUAAUAACCUUCGCGAAAUCAACUUGGUUUUUAUUAAAGUUACCACACUUUAAAUAAAGAAGAGACCGUGAAAGUAUCAUCAUCAAAACACUUUUACCCAAGUUUCUGUUACAGCGGAGUUACUUGUUUGGAAAAAGAAAAAAAUCAUCUGAAAAGCAUUUGUAUAUUAAAGUGUGUAAUGAAGCUUUGACAACCAAUCAUGCUAGUAACAAAUGUUUUACAUUAGCUUUAUGCAGUGGUAAUAAGGUGGCCUCUCUAAUAUCCUGUGUCUCCAGGGAAGUUAGUGAAAUGAGUGUGAUCUUUCCUAAAAAACCCUGGUGGGCUAUGUACUUUGCUGGUACUCAAACCCUUGUCUUCUGGCCACUUGAUGUUUAAAUAUCUGAAAUGUCAUUUUGAGCGAAAUAACAUCCAUGUAUAAUGUACAUAAAGAGAUACUAAGCUGACAAUGGCACAUUUUGAAGACUGGAAAGGGAUUUUCAGGUGAAUUUUAGCUGGUCUAUUCUUGCCCUUAGUACCUACUUCAAAUUGAAGUCUACAAACAAAGCAGUUCCUUUGGGAGGUUUUUAAUUUGAGUUUUAAUGUGUGUGUAUGUGUGUAUGUAUGUAUGUGUGUUGAAAUUUUCUAUCUGCCUGGAUAUAUUAGCAGGGUUUGAAUGUAGUUUUGGCCUUUGGCCAUUAGACUUAUAUUAAAAUUUAUGAGUAGUCACACAACCAACAUAGAAUUGAAUGAGAACUGCCAAUAUACCUAAAAAGCUUGGUAUCCAUUUCAAACAUCUCAACAUUUUAAAGAACAAUAAGCCCUGUUUUGGUCGUUUGUAACUAAAUAACUUAAAAGAAGCUGACACUAAAAUAUGAAGUUCAUUUUCUUUUCUGUUACAGCUGUAAAUUUUCAGGCAGAGCCAUAACAUUGUACAGAAUAUAGUGCUUGUGAUCAAAUCUUGCCUGUAACGUUCUGAAACCUUUAACCAUUAGUUCUGUGAGUGCUCUUGCCCUGAGGUUUGGGUUUUUCUGUUCCAGUGUUGUCUGUUGCCGGCAACUGACACACCAUAUCUGCUGCUGGCCCAGGGAACUUCAUUUCUCUUUUCCAAUUAAUCAUUAUAUAUGGUAGUCAGUGUGUAGUGUAAACCACUCCUUUUUAUUACAAAGCUGGCAUUAGACUUACAUUAUAAAUAUCCCACCCACCCACCCCCCCAAAAAAAAACUUUAUAAUUCCUAUUUGUCCUUCCUCAACAGGUAUUGAUUGCCCUUAAAUCUUCUUUGGGCCUUGAACAUUUAUAGCUGUUAUUUUGCAGUUGUUAUUUUUUUUGUUUCACUUUAUUUCUAUAGUACCUACCCAUUAAUAUUUUUGCUUUGAUUCUAACAAUGUAUAUGUAUCUGUAUCAAAAUAAAAUAAUGAAAGCAGCCUAAAAAUAGGAUGCAACAAGAGCAUAUGGUUCCAAGCAAGUUGUGAUUUUUAUUUUGAGAUAAUGUUUCAUUGAAAAGGGAGGGGACGGUUUAUCACAAGCAGCAUAGUAGGCCUUUAAAAAAAAAGCCAAUUAACCUUUCUAGGUAGGUUUGUUUCAUUUAUUUGAAAGUUACUAAGAAUUUUAAUAUUUUAUCUAAAAGGAUUUCUAUCCAUGCAAGGUAAGUGGUUCAACAUUCAGGCAGUCUUUCCUGACACCCCGUCUCCCUGCCCUGUUUUACUUCUACAACCAGGUAAAGCCACUAAAUAGAAACUCUCCCAUGUGCCCUGCCUCUCUACCUCUGGAUGCCUCAGCUCCUGCUUCCCCUAUUAUUCCUACUUCUCAGUUAAGCAGUUGUUAGUAGUAUUAAAUGGAUAAUUGAACAACAGAUUUCCUGGUAUGAAAUAAGGAGUUUUCUCUCCUCCCAUAGUAAAGACUGAGUGUACCAUUAGCAAAUGUCCCAACAUGGGUUAUAAAACCACUUGUGCUGCCUGACACUUAUCAAACUUGAAUAAACUGCCAACUUGAUACUCUUAUGUGGCUAAAUUCCCAUUAAACCAAUUACUUAUGGUUCAUCUACUAAGAAUGUAAUCUAGGCAGCUAAUUCUUACUGUACAGAUAGACUGAUCAAAUGGUGAACAGUUGUACUGCUUGUUUUUUUAUUCUGGUUUUGUUCUUGAUCUGUGCUGAGGAAUGAACCCGGGGCUUCAUCCAUGCUAGGCAAGUGUUCUAGCACUGAGCUAAGUCCUACCCUUGUUUAAUGUUUAUAGAGUCAGUCCUCAGAAUCUAUUAUUUCUCAGAAAUGUGUAUUCUGAACAUGUUCUGAAGAAGUACUCUUAAAAAUGGAAAAAAUAUGUUUAUAUUUAAAGGCAUGAAACAAUCUUCAGCACUGGACAGAAAGGAAAGGAGCAAUCAUCUUUUGGUUCUUUUCAACUAUGGAUUUAGUGUCUCAACAACUGCUAUAGAAUAGCGCCCUUUCCUAGUUUAUACCUCCCUUUUACUGAAUAAAGGUGGGUUCCCAAUAUUAAACUCUAGUAUAAAGCAAAUAUAUUAAGGGAAGAUAGAGUUUAGUAUUCAGACUGUUUAGUUUGCAAUUUCUGUAAAGGUUUGGAAACUAGCUAAAUUUUCACAAUGUAGAAACUUUGAACUGAAUUAUAUGAAAAGGACGCAGACUGGUUUUGUACAUUUGUCCUGAUGAAAUAAUGUUUAAUGUAAAAUAUUCUGUUGUCACAUUACUAUGAAAGGGUGACAAGUACUUUCAAGAAGAAUAUAUGUGAUAUACUAAAGUUGAUUUUCCUUGACAUCCUUUUCCACCUGGCCAAGGUUGUAGAUUAAGAGGAUAAAAAGAAGUUCCAUUAAAAAUAAAUUCAUGUAUACUGGUAAAUCUAUUUUUUAAAAAAGUGACCAAAGAAUCAAGAACUUUGAGUGAUAAUGAUAUUACUAAAUAAAAGGUUUUUUUAACAAAUUUAUUUUCAAGAAUAUUACAUGCCAGUUUUCACUUCCUUGUUGACCAGAACCCAUCGUACAUAUUUACAAAAAAUAUAUGUAUUAAGACAAAUGUGGACAUUUACUUGUUUAGUCAAAAUGAGAAAAUAUUUUUUAAAGUAGAAUUGAUGGAAUUUCUUUUGUCACAAGGAAUGCCUGCUUAGCUUGUUUGUAGGCAUAAGAGAUAUUCAAAAUCCUAAUGAAACUACAGAUUCAACACACAGAAUGUGUGAACUUCAUUCUUUACCAACACAAUGGAACAGAUCCCUAACUGUUCCCUCACAGCUUUAGAACAAGUAUUUAAAGACAGAUUCUUUUUCAAAUGGAAUACACACACACACACACACACGACAGUUUACUAGAAUGAAACCACAUUAAUUUGUAAAAAGAAAUAAGGCAAAUAGUUGCAUUACAAAUGA